UUUAACAACGCCCAAAUUUUCUUCCUCAUUCUUUUCUUCAAUGCCUUCCUCAACAAUACUUUUACCUUUAUUUUCUAAUCCCUUCACUUCUUCUUUCUGUUUUUUAUUUUCAAUGCUUUCUUCCAUUCUUAAAUCUUCGUCCAUCAAAACCGAUUCUUCUUUGAUUUCCUCAAUUUCUCCAUGUUUUUCUUCUAUCCUAGUGCUACUCGAGCUUUCACCCAAUUGUGUUGCUUUUUUCCUCUUUAUUCCAUCUACAAGGUCACUUAUCUCUUCGGGAGUAUGA